AUGGAGUCACCAUCUCAACCCCCGCCGUCAUCCAAUGCUGACACUGCUCCCUCUUCUGCGCCCUCAUCAGCCGAAGCAUCUCCCUCGAACGCUCCUACCUCGGCGCCCCAGCCUACCACUGACCCCGCGCCUCCCUCUCCCUCUUCCUCCACUCCCGCCCCGACCUCGUCUGCUCAGCCGACAUCCUCUGAGGCGCCCCCGCCCACUUCGUCCGAGAACCCGCCGACCUCUUCUGCAGGAGGUGACGGUGGCUCAACCACGAACCCCGGCAACGGUGGCGGCAAUAAUGGUGGUGGUGAACAGUCGUCCGCCAACCCAGGAGGUGGCGGCAACAACCCUUCGCCUACGUCCUCUGCCGGUGGUGGCGACAACAACAAUGGCGGAAACACCGGUGGCCAGCCCUCGCAGGGUGGCCAGCAGCCUGGCUCCAGCGAUGGAGGUGCCCAGCCCUCCAACCCCGCCGGCAAUGGAGGCGGCGCCGCUGGCAGCAGCGACAAUGCUGGCAACAGUGCUACGCCGACGGGUGGCAGCCAGUCUGGCUACACGUCCCUCAAGUAUGAGACGAGCACGAACGACCAGGGUUCCGUGGUCGUCGUCACCCAAACCGUCAUUCAGUCCGGCAGCCCGGGUAACUCCACUGUUGGCGGCGGCAAGGACAGCGGUGGCGGCACAAACGUCGGCGCCAUUGUUGGUGGUGUUGUCGGCGGUGUCUGCGGUCUCGCUCUGAUUCUCGGUCUCAUCUUCUUCAUCAUGCGCAAGCGCAAGCGCUCGUACCGUGAUGACUUUGACGACAUGAUGGGUGCUGCUUUGCCUCCUUCCCCGCAGCCACGGUUGCUAACUACGCAGUUCGACCCUGCCCGUGCCCAGAACCAUGCUCCCAUCGACCUCAGCGACACUGCGGCCCCUCACGCCAUUGACCCUUACGAGUACCAGCCCGUGCAGGGAGUUGCUGCGACUUCGACCGGUUCCCCGGAGAUGUCGCAGUACUACCAUGGCGGUUCGUCGGAGGGCUACAACCCUGCCGCGCCGUCGACGCACGCAACGAGCUCCACCGGCGGCUAUGCUGGCCUCGGCGCCGGCGCCGCUGGUCUCGGUGCUGGUGCUGCUUUCGCGGGUGCAGGCGCGGGACAUAGCGCGUUCCCGUCUGCCGCCCCGACUGGCAUGACCGCGAAGCAGCAGGAGGCGUGGCGCGAGCAGCAGCAGUUCCACGUCCAGAACCCGGGAGAGGCCUCUAGCAGCGGACCUGUCACGGUGCACACUGACGGCGGCGCGUACAACGAGGUGCAGGCGAGUGGAAACGAGAUCCCUCCUACCGACUACGACACCAUGUCGCUCGAGGUCGUAAACGACAGCAUCCUGAACUCUCCCGAGGGAGAGGAGUACGCGGGACCGGACAUGACCGCCGAGGCGGGCAACGUGCCGCGGGACAGCGGCAUUGGACCCCUUCCCCCCUCCGCCAGCACCUCCGGGGGCGAGUACCGCCUUCCUUCCGACCUCCUCAAGCCCCCAUCCUCGCGCGAAGCCGAUGAGGACGAAGAGGAUGACGAGAUUGUGGCCACGCUUCCGAUCUACCUGCACCACUCGCUCGCGCCGUCCCUGACGCAGUUCCAGUACCCCUUGCAACACCGUAAUCUCCGCGUGCCGACUUGGGCCGAGGAGCGAGGGAAGAAGAUCACGGCGAGGGUCAAGGAGCAGAGUGGAAGGGUUGAUGUCGAGGUGCCCAUUGAUGCUGAUCCAAAGGUGUGGCGCGAUGAGCGUGCCAAGGAACUCACCUUCGUCCCCGCCCCGGCCGGGAGCGCGAGCGCUAGUGCCGCUUCGACUCCUGCGCCGACGACUUCUCGAUCGAAGAAGCCCACCGCCGCCUCUGUGGCCAAGACGCCCAAGGCGCCAGCAGUGUGGGGCGACAAGAUGCGCCUCCGCUCCGAGCCCGUGCCCAUCAGCUCGGCCACGUCCUACUUCUCGGGCAUUGUGCACGACGGCGCCCUCCACCUGCACCCGAUCUCGAAGGUCAUGCAGUUCCGCACCGAGCUCGGAUACCUCGACCCGCCCGAGGCGCCGGCGCCCAAGGCGCUCGACGACCCGAGGAGCGAUGGCAGUGGAAGUCUGAAGGACUUCAGGAAUCGCAUGUGGGCCAUGGCUGGGCGAGAGCAGGGGGAGGACUGGGUGCCGUACGAGUGGGUCGAGGGCGGGGGGGAGACGGCCGAGAAGCUCCUCAUUGACGAGGAGGGCAAGGUCGACCUCGAGGUCAUGACGAGGGGCCUCGACUACCUCGACCGCGCGUAA